AUGGUCGCGCGGCGUGAGGGCCCCGAGGUGGAGAAUAAGGACUUCCCGAUCCGGCUGCACUCGCUGAUCGCGUCGCGCUACCAGGUCAAGGAGUACCUCGGCUCGGCCGCCUUCUCCAAGGCGGUGCAGUGCCUCGACCUGCACACGGGCGAGAUGGUUUGCAUCAAGAUCAUCAAGAACAACAAGGACUUCUUCGACCAGUCGCUCGACGAGAUCAAGCUCCUGCGAUACCUGCGCAAGCACGACCCGCGCGACGAGCACCACGUGCUGCGCAUGUACGACUACUUUUACCACCGCGAGCAUCUCUUCCUCGUCUGCGAGCUGCUGCGCGACAACUUGUACGAGUUCUCGCGCUUCAACCGAGACUCUGGCGGCGAGCGGUACUUCCAGCUGCCGCGCCUCCGCCGCAUCGCCAAGCAAUGCCUGGAGGCGCUCGUCUUCGUGCACCGGCUCGGCCUCAUCCACUGCGACCUCAAGCCGGAGAACAUCCUGAUCCAGUCCUACUCGCGCUGCGAGGUCAAGGUGAUCGACUUUGGCUCCUCCUGCUUCACGACGGAUCACCUCUCCUCCUACGUGGUGCUCGGGCUCGGCUACGGCCAAAAGAUCGACCUCUGGUCGCUCGGGGCCAUCCUCGCGGAGCUGCACACGGGGUACGUGCUCUUCCAAAACGACUCCCUCGCCACCAUGCUCGCGAGGAUCGUGGGCAUCCUCGGCCCCUUCCCGCAGCGGAUGCUUGAGCGCGGUCGCCACACGCACAAGUUCUUCGUCGGCGACACCCCCUACGAGCGCGACGCCUCCGGCGCCAUCUGCCUGCUCCGGCCGAAGCCGUCCUCGCUGCGGCACCGGCUGCACUCGGACGACAAGCUCUUCCUCUCCUUCGUCGGGUCGCUGCUCAAGGUGGACCCCGACCAGCGGCCGACGGCGCAGCAGGCGCUGCAACAUCCAUGGAUAGCGAGCGACCCCUACCAGUAG